GGGGCUGCCAUUUUACAGGACUUUUCUGGACGUGAACACUGGUGGCAGUGUAAGACAGCAUUGCUCCCUCAGUGAUGCGUGGCAUGAGGCUCUGUGUGUACCUGGCUCUGAUGCUUGUGGUAAGUGGGCUGUGCCAGGGGAGGGGAUUUGGGGACCUACGAGAGCAGCUAGAGGAAGGCAAGGGGGACCGAGACCUGGUGGCCCUCAGCAUCCUUAACCGGAAUAGGGGUCCCGGAUCCCUGCAACGCCCCCAGCUUCGACCCUCCAACCGGAAGAACAGACUCCAGAGGCCUGCACCCCUGGCCCCAAAGAGGAACCCCCAGGGGCCACGCUUUGCCCUGUCACUGGACGUCCCCACCAGCAUCCUCAGUGCCCUGAUAGACCUCGCCAAGAACCGUGAAAUGCGAACCAAGGCAGCCGCCAAUGCUCAGCUGAUGGCUCGCAUCGGAAAGAGGAAAUAAGGCUCGUGCUCCCAGUGGACUGGGGUUGGGGUUCCAGACUGAGAGCAGGGCUGGGUGGGGUGACCGUUAGUAGUGGGGACAUUCACAUGUUAGGAAUGGGUGAGAUGCUGACCUGAAAAUUAUACAGACUGGAAAUAUGUAUGACCAGGACAAGUUUCUUCUUUAUCUGUUGUAGCCCCUGGCUAGCUUUGUACCUCAAUACUCUUAAAACUGACUACGCCUGAAGAGUAAUAUUCUAGAAAAACAAAACAAGUUCUAUCUGUGCAACAGUUGUGAGAUGGGUCUGCAUGAAUGUUUGUUUCCACCAGCCUUAGUUGAAUCUUAGAUGACUGACAGACUAAAAAUAAAGGGAACAGUAUUAGAGUUGUGAUAGUAUGGUCUACCCAAGGAUGCCCAACCAUUAUAAAGGUUAAAUGAUUAAAAAGAUGAUUUAGUUAUAUUUAUGUCUCUGAGAAUGACGUUAUUCGGGUUUUUAAUUACAGACACUGUCAAGCAGUGAAUCACAAAUUAGUCAGAGACACAUUGUUGUUCACAGAGACGUGCUCUGAUAAGAAAUCAGCUGUGGAGCGGAUAUUGCCCCAUCAGAGGAGCACCAGAGAUUCUAUUCAUGAAGCAUUUCCGUCUUUCUUGAUGUCCCACCACUCUGAACUCAGAACUCUGAAAUGAAAUCAGCACUUUGUUCAAAAGGCAAAUUCCCCUCAUAUUCAAAAAAGUCAUAUGAAGGUAUCAGGGGUUUUAAGUUUUCUAAUUAGAUGAAAACAUAUAGCCAGACCAUUUCACUGUAAUCAGCAAUGUAUACAUGUCAUCUAGUGAUAAUCUCUACAAAUACUGUAAAUAAUUAGUCAAUGUUGUUUCCAUGUCAUAUAAAAAAACACUUGGUUGAAUUAUUCAAGUGAAUUUGAAAAAAAGUUACCUGAGUCAAUAAUGCCUAAAAGUA